AAACUCAGCAGUAUCAGUCUAAUUCCAAUAUUGAGUAUAUUUGUUCAAUCACUUUUUCUUUGUGAUGAUAACCACCAAAAUGCCAACCAUGAAUCCAGAUAGUUUCAAAUUCAUAGAAGCCAUAAUAAUAUUAAUGGUGUGUUUGAUGAUGAUGAUGAUGAUGUUGCAGGUUGUUUGUGCUGAAGAGGAAAUAAUGUGCAUUGAGAGGGAGAGGGAAGCACUCCUCUUAUUCAAGGCUGCACUUGUGGAUGACUAUGGCAUGCUCUCUUCUUGGACCACUGCUGAUUGCUGCCGGUGGGAAGGGAUUCGCUGCAGCAACCUCACUGACCAUAUUCUAAUGCUCGACCUUCACAGUUUAUACCUCAGAGGAGAGAUCCCCAAGUCGUUAAUGGAGUUGCAACAAUUAAACUAUUUAGAUCUGUCAGAUUCUGGUUUUGAAGGAAAAAUUCCAACUCAGUUAGGCUCUCUUUCUCAUUUGAAAUACUUAAAUCUUUCUGGGAAUUAUUAUCUGGAGGGUUCAAUCCCACCUCAACUUGGAAAUCUCUCCCAGUUGCAGCGUCUUGAUCUCAGCUUCAAUUAUUUUGAAGGAAAUAUACCCUCUCAAAUUGGAAAUCUCUCCCAGUUGCAGCGUCUUGAUCUCAGCAGAAAUAGAUUUGAAGGAAAUAUACCCUCUCAAAUUGGAAAUCUCUCUGAGUUGCGGCAUCUUUAUCUCAGUUGGAAUACUUUGGAAGGAAAUAUACCCUCUCAAAUUGGAAAUCUCUCCAAGUUGCAGCAUCUUGAUCUCAGCUACAAUUAUUUUGAAGGAAGUAUACCGUCCCAACUUGGGAACCUUUCAAAUUUGCAGAAGCUUUAUCUUGGAGGAAGUGUACCGUCCCGACUUGGGAACCUUUCAAAUUUGCUGAAGCUUUAUCUUGGAGGAGGAAGUGUACCGUCCCGACUUGGGAACCUUUCAAAUUUGCUGAAGCUUUAUCUUGGAGGAGGAAGUGUACCGUCCCGACUUGGGAACCUUCCAAAUUUGCUGAAGCUUUAUCUUGGAGGCCGAUCAUAUUAUGGUGGUGCUCUCAAAAUUGACGAUGGAGAUCGUUGGCUGUCUAAUCUCAUUUCUUUAACCCAUCUUUCCUUGGACUCCAUAUCUAAUCUCAACACUUCUCAUAGCUUCCUCCCAAUGAUUGCCAAGCUACCAAAACUUAGAGAACUGAGUUUAAUUCAUUGUAGCCUUUCCGAUCAUUUUAUCCUUUCAUUGAAGCCCUCUAAAUUCAAUUUUUCUAGUUCCCUUUCCAUCCUUGAUCUUACCUGGAACAGCUUCACGUCAUCAACGAUACUCCAGUGGCUGUCUGGGUGUGCCAGAUUCUCGCUUCAAGAAUUGAACUUAAGAGGAAAUCAAAUCAACGGUACGCUUCCUGACCUUUCAAUAUUUUCUGCCUUGAAAAGAUUGGAUCUUUCAGAAAAUCAAUUAAAUGGGAAAAUUCUAGAUAGUACCAAAUUGCCACCUCUGUUGGAGUCUUUGUCAAUCACUUCAAACAUUUUGGAAGGUGGAAUUCCAAAAUCAUUUGGGAAUGCAUGUGCUUUGCGCUCAUUGGACAUGUCUUAUAAUAGCUUGAGUGAAGAGUUUCCAAUGAUAAUCCAUCACUUGUCUGGAUGUGCUAGAUAUUCAUUGGAACGAUUAUAUCUAGGCAAGAAUCAAAUCAAUGGUACACUACCCGACCUCUCAAUAUUCUCAUCUUUAAGAGAAUUAUAUCUUUCUGGAAACAAGCUAAAUGGAGAGAUUCCUAAAGAUAUUAAAUUUCCACCUCAACUUGAGGAACUAGAUUUGCAAUCAAAUUCCUUAAAGGGUGUGCUCACUGACUAUCAUUUCGCUAACAUGUCUAAGUUAGACUUCUUGGAGUUAUCUGACAACUCUUUAUUGGCCUUGACAUUUAGUCCAAAUUGGGUUCCACCGUUUCAGUUGAGCCACAUAGGAUUGCGAUCUUGCAAACUAGGUCCAGUAUUUCCCAAAUGGUUGGAGACACAAAAUCAAUUUGGGGAUAUUGACAUUUCAAAUUCUGGAAUAGAAGAUAUGGUUCCAAAGUGGUUUUGGGCUAAAUUAACAUUUCGAGAAUCCAUUUCAAUGAAUAUUUCACACAAUAAUCUCCAUGGUAUAAUUCCAAAUUUUCCACUAAAGAAUCUUUACCAUUCCCUAAUUCUUGGAUCAAAUCAAUUUGAUGGCCCUAUUCCACCAUUUCUUCGAGGUUUCCUGUUUCUUGAUUUAUCCAAAAAUAAAUUCUCAGAUUCUCUUUCAUUUUUAUGUGCAAAUGGUACAGUUGAAACUUUGUACCAAUUAGACCUUUCAAAUAAUCGUUUCUCUGGAAAAAUUCCGGACUGUUGGAACCAUUUCAAGUCAUUAUCUUAUUUGGACUUGAGUCACAAUAAUUUUUCAGGAAGAAUACCUACAUCCAUGGGAUCUCUUCUUCAUCUUCAAGCAUUGCUAUUGAGAAACAACAACUUAACAGAUGAGAUACCUUUCUCCUUGAGGAGUUGCACAAAUCUAGUAAUGCUAGAUAUUGCAGAAAACAAAUUAUCAGGGCUCAUCCCUGCUUGGAUUGGGAGUGAAUUACAAGAGUUGCAAUUUUUAAGUUUGGAAAGAAAUAAUUUCCAUGGAAGUUUACCAUUGCAAAUUUGUAACCUAAGUAACAUUCAACUCUUGGAUCUCUCAAUAAAUAACAUGUCUGGGAAAAUUCCUAAAUGCAUAAAAAAAUUUACUUCAAUGACUCGAAAAACAUCUUCAGGAGAUUAUCAACUUCAUUCAUAUCAGGUCAAUACCACUUACACAAGGGUUAACCAAACAUAUGAUUUGAAUGCACUCUUGAUGUGGAAAGGUUCAGAACGAAUAUUCAAAACUAAAGUGUUACUACUUGUAAAAAGCAUUGAUCUCUCAAGCAAUCACUUUUCUGGAGAAAUUCCACAGGAAAUAGAGAAUUUAUUUGGAUUGGUUUCAUUGAAUUUAUCAAGAAACAAUUUGAUAGGGAAAAUUCCCUCAAAAAUUGGAAAGCUAACAUCACUUGAAUCUCUUGAUUUGUCAAGAAACCAGUUGGCUGGUUCAAUUCCUCCGAGUCUUACACAAAUUUAUGGCCUCGGCGUGUUAGAUUUGUCACAUAACCAUCUAACUGGAAAAAUUCCAGCCAGCACACAGUUACAGAGUUUCAAUGCCUCGAGUUAUGAAGAUAAUCUUGAUCUUUGUGGACAGCCACUUGAGAAAUUUUGUAUUGAUGGGAGACCUACACAAAAACCAAAUGUUGAAGUUCAACAUGACGAAUUUUCACUUUUCAAUCGUGAAUUUUACAUGAGUAUGACAUUUGGAUUUGUUAUAAGCUUUUGGAUGGUGUUUGGCUCAAUCUUAUUCAAGCGUUCUUGGAGACAUGCCUAUUUCAAGUUCUUGAACAAUCUAUCAGACAAUAUUUAUGUCAAGGUAGCAGUAUUUGCUAAUAAAAUGUCAAAGGUGUAUGGCUGAAGCUUAACUAGUACCUUGAAGACACUAGCCCUCUUGGAUCGGAAAACUCCAAUGUCUAAGCUUGUUAAUGCUUGGAAAAGGCAAUUAGUUGGAAAUUAUGAUUGCUUUAGAUUUCUUCACUGUCAAUUGAGAUACUUAUACCAUGUUUUGAUAAUUUGAAAAAGACUCUAGUUUAAUUAGUGUUGUGCUAUUGAAAUGAAAUAUAACUUAUCAUGUAUUAUAUCAUUAAUUUACGUA